UGUGCCCGGGGGCAGGUGGGGGCCGCUGCCCGGUGCAAGGCGGAGCCUCCGCGGAGCGGAGCGGAGCGGAGCCCGGCGGGGAAGGCUCCUGUUGCUGCCCCCGAGCCCGGGCGGGGGACUAUGAAGCACCAUGGUGUGGUGUGACCGGGGGGUCCAGAUGCUGCUGACCACGGUGGGCGCCUUCGCCGCCUUCAGCCUCAUGACCAUCGCCAUCGGCACCGACUACUGGCUCUACUCCAGCGCGCACAUCUGCAACGGGACCAACGUGAGCAUGGACGAGGCGCCGGGGCAGCCCAAGAAGGCGAAGGGCGACCUCACGCACUCGGGGCUCUGGCGGAUCUGCUGCAUCGAAGGGAUCUACAAAGGACAUUGCUUCCGAAUCAACCACUUCCCUGAAGACAACGACUAUGACCAUGACAGCUCGGAGUACCUUCUCCGCAUUGUCCGUGCCUCCAGCGUGUUUCCCAUCCUAAGCACUGUAUUACUACUGCUGGGAGGACUCUGUGUUGGAGCAGGAAGGAUUUAUAGCAGCAAAAACAACAUUAUUCUCAGUGCUGGGAUUCUUUUUGUUGCAGCAGGAUUAAGUAAUAUCAUAGGAAUCAUUGUCUACAUAUCAAGCAAUGCUGGUGACCCGAGUGACAAGCGAGACGAGGACAAAAAGAACCAUUACAGCUAUGGCUGGUCUUUUUAUUUUGGAGCUUUGUCUUUUAUUGUGGCUGAAACCAUAGGAGUGCUGGCUGUGAACAUUUACAUUGAGAAAAAUAAAGAGCUGAGGUUUAAGACCAGGAGAGAAUUCCUUAAGACUUCUUCUUCUCCUUAUGCCAGGAUGCCAAGCUAUAGGUACAGGAGGAGGAGGUCCAGAUCAAGUUCUAGAUCGACAGAGCCUUCUCCGUCUAGGGACGUUUCCCCAGUUGGCAUGAAGAUUGCAAGCUCCAUCCCCAUGAAUGAAAUUUCCAUGUACACUUUAUCCAGAGAGCCCCUGAAGGUUACAACUGCAGCCAGUUACAAUGCAGAACAAGAAGCCAGUUUUCUGCAGGUCCACAACUUCCUUCAGAAGGAAUUUAAAGAAGGACUACAUGUCAGCAUGGUCAACAGAAGAACAACACCUGUUUGAAGGGUUUUUCCUCCCCUCUCUCUUUUUUAAAAUGUGAAACCAGAAUGGAUCUUAAGAGAAGGAGAAGUUUUAAAACUCUCUUUUACUUCUUGAAACAACAUAUGCUGGGGCUGGUAAAUGAAGACCUUGGAAUACUGGAAUGACUUAAAGAUAUUAUAUGUUCAUAGUUUGGUUGUCUUUUUUAACGCUAUUUGGAGUUUGUUUCAUUCUGGUGUCAAAAAGGUGAAAACAGUUCACGGCCCUGCACUUUGGUUAUGCGUACCAUGUAGCAGUGAGACUGGAAAAGUUGAGCUGCCAUUGUGUUUUAAAGAGAUGUAUAACAAUUUCAGUAUGAUUUUUAAAAAGUAUAAUCCCUUAAAAUAAACUAAAUAUAUCUCAUUUCCAAGCCUGAGGCUGAUCACCAAUGGAGCCUAAUGCUGUCCUUCAAAACUUAACUACCAUAUGAUCCAGUUUCCUUUGACACAGGCAAAAAAAGGGAACUGAGCUGUCUCAGAAGCAGCUGCCUCCUGAAGAAAAUGAAAUACAGGAGGGAAAAGUAUUUGCAGCCAGCUUGUGCUACUGGACUGUAGCAUGCCAAGUGCUGCAGGAUGCAAAGGCAGGGUCAUUUGCAGCGAUAAGCCCUGCCUCCCUUCUUAGUCAUAGUCUUGUGCAAUACAACCAAGGAGUCUAUGGAGGAGGUGCAGAGACAGGUGUGGAGACAGGAUGGAUGCACUCUAUAAUAAGUAAAUGGUACAGAAUUAAAGUAGAAAGCAGCUCAAGUAUAUUUGCAAAAAUCCUUUCUUGCCUAAAGUUUUAAAAAACUUGAAUUGCCUCGCUGCUAACAGCCUAGUGCCUGAUCCAGCAAGGGGCUGAGCACUGUGUGUCAGGAGAGGUGUGCCAGACCUCUCAGAAUUCGGCCCCUAUAUCGUCCGCAUGUUGCAAGAAAUGGAAAUGGAGCUGGGCCCGAUGCCAGUGAAACCGGUGAUUCCAUAAGGGUCGCACUAUUAUUUUUUCUUACUGUUUCACAAGUGUGACGCUAAUGUUAGUGUAAUUUAAGGUAUCAAAGCUAUGUGUACAUGAAAAUGGAAAGCAAAUAUAUUGAUCCAUUAUUCAGAACAGCAAAUAUUUCUGCAGCAACAUGGAGUGCUAGUUGGAUGCUGACUAUUUUUUAAAACAGAACAAAAGUGCUCAUGGUUUACUAAAUAUUUAUUAAACUUUUUAUUAUUAAUAAGUGCCACAUGGCACAAUUAUAGUUGCUUUUUUUGCUGAAACAGUGGUUCAAAGCAAUUUAAUUUAUUCCUUAAUAAUGAAAUGCAGAGAGCCCACAGUAGACCCCAUGUAUCACCUAAGCUGGGAAAAAAAACAGACGUGUCCUUUUUACUUCUUUAUGAGGUUUCUGAAAAGGUUUGAAAUACUUUCUUAGAUUCCUACUCAGCUUUUUAUACUAGAAAUUUAGGCUGGGAUUUUCAAAGGAUCUUAAGGGUUUGGUGGAACAGUAAUAGAAGUCAAUGAAAGUCUCUUCAUCAGCUUCAAUGGGUUUUGGACCUGGGCAUGUGGGAGUUGGGUAACCAAUUCCUGUUGAAUUCCAGCAAGACGUGGACAUCAAAUGCCUGUAGGCUCCAGGGUUUUAUCUGCCCUGGAACUUGAGGGUGACUAAAAAGUACUAAUGAAGUGAUGAUAUCACAACAGCCAAGGCAGUGAAUGCCGAGUGACUCGGGCCAGGAAUCUUUAUCUGACUUGUUUUAAAUUCUUUGGGGUUUUAAUUCCUUCUGUAAUACCUAUUUAACAUAAAUGACUGAGUAAAUUUUUUGAUAAAGGAUGCCACUGUAAAAGACAUAAUAUCCUUCAACCUUACUUAUGGUGCAAAAUGUUUCCUGUACCUAUAAACAGAGUCUUGCAGUCAAACCUAGGAAGACAUGCCUUCAUAUGCCAAAAAAAGCCCAGUAAAAUCCUGACUGUCCAGGCCUUCUGUCUCCACCAGCCAAAAAAACCCCAACUGAGAGAAAAUCCUGAUUUUUUAAAUACUCUUUUCUUGUAACCUUUACACCCCAUCAGUGCAUCUACAUAGAUAUUUUUGCAAGAAGUCCAGUUCAAUUGAACCAAGGCCUUCCUCCCUGUAUGAGCUACAGCCAGGUUACAAUUUUGAUAGCAAACUUGUCCAAACCUUUUGUACUGAGGCAUAUUUCAUUCUCAUGGCUAAUUAGUAUGAAAUGGACACGCUUAUAAAAAGCACCACUGCCAUGCUUUUAUUUUUACAUCAGGGCACGAAGGGAAAGAUGCUGGCAAUUUUUUUUGAACUAUGGAAGAGAAAAAUAUCUUACCUACUUUCCAGUAGUGAACUUUCCAGCAAGUAAAAUAAAAGGAAGGAGGGGCAUAUGACUAAAUUUAUUAAAGUUCUUGAAGAAUUGUUUUUACAUAUGUCUUUAUGCUUUCAAACAAAUAAAUUAUUUCCUACUUUUUGAGAUUUCUUAAUUAAAAUAAAUGAAUUAGUUACGAUAGAGGUAGAAAAUGACAUUUAAAAAAGCAUUCUGUCUCAUUAGUGGGUUAUACUAAGUGCUUAUUAAUUUACAUCUAUGUAUUGUAUUACACCUAUGUAUUUCAGGUACAGCUCCCUAGAAUUAUUGCUUCCCGGUGCGUGUUGCUAAAGUAAUCAUUAGAAAUAAGUCCUCGUUUGUGUUUACUGUAAUUACAAAAACAUUCCCUUUCAAAGCAGGAGCUAGAUGUAGGUUGUCUUUCUAAACUUGCCUGUGUUGAAAUGAAAGUGGAGAAUGCUUGGUUUGGGUUGGGGUGGGUUUUUUCAUCAUCAUCUUCCAGUGACCAUGUUUAGCCUGGUUCUGGUUGAAAAGUGAGCCUUUUUCUAAAGCGUGACUCAAACCUGCAGUUCUGCACGUGUGUGUUGUACAGUAUGUGUACACUGUGUCCACGGGACUUCUCGGCUAAGUGUUUUGGGAUGAGCUGGCUGACUGUCUAGCAGUUUGUAUGUGGAUCUUCACCCCCUAGAACUUAAACCAUCGUGCUGACUUUGGUGUUUCGUGUGAUCUCCGUUCUGUGAGCUCAGGGGCAGGGUACCGGUAGGGCUGGUUUAUUCAGAGCCACACUCCAGCACGUUUACUCAUGUUGAGUAGAAAUGCUUAAAAACCUGAGAAGACCAUAGCGCGUCAUGGGCUAUGCAGUCUGACAAGGAAGCCAGGCUCGUGAAGGAGAACAAGGCCAUAAGGGGCAGAGGAUCAUCUGAAGUGAAAUGCAGUGUUUUGGGCUGGCAACCUGGAACAAAGCAUUUCAGUUCAAUUUGAUUUUUCCAAUGAAAAAAUAGUGCCAAAGUCUCUUUUCCUGUGGAAAAUAAAAUAUUUUGACAAAACCCCGAAACUGUCCACCAACCCUAUGUGUUAAGUAUUUUCUUAGUCCGUGGGUCGUGACUCUGAAAUCAUUGUGCUUAUUCCAGGAUUGAGACACUGACUCAACAGCAGAGAGGAUAAGAGGGCCGUAUGCACUCUUUUCAUCCGUAUACAGCACCUGGCAUAAUGGCGCUCCGCUUUCUGAGUUGGUGCUAAAAUAAUAGUAAUAAUCUGUCUGUCUGAUAUUCUCCUAUCUGGAAAAGACAACUUCCAAGAAUAAAAGAUAUAAAAAGAAGCCUCACUGGUAUCAGAUUUGAUUUUCUGAGAAACACAGCUACACGUACAUUGUCAACCAUCUCCUCCUGUUUCUUAUACCGAACAGAAUAGGGGUGAAACUAGCAGUCAUCCAUAUGCUCGUGCUUUUAGCAACAGAGUAGUCUUGUAUUGGUUUUUCUUUCUGUAUAGGACAUAUAUCCACAAGGGCUAAUCUACCAUGUCCCUUGAGGUCACAUUUCUGUUUGCAGUCCUCAAAAUGUUAUUUCCAAUGUGCUUCAGUACUGCCCAUAUAAUCACAAGCAUGUAUAUUGUACUCACUCUUCUUUUUUAAAUAAACCAUUUUAAAUGUA